GCCACUGUUUACACUUUUUUGCUGUUUGCCUUUGGCGUUACUAUUACCACUGGAGACCAAGUCACUAAUGGAGUCAUGAUCUGCUCCAAGUAUACUUUUCACACAGAAAAAGGUAAGUGGAGUGUAGCCAUGAACAGUUGUAAAAAAAAAGGUGGUUCUCUUGUCUCCAUGGAAACCGAGUCAGAAUGGCAUUUUGUCAAGAACUUAGCCGGGGAGCAAGAUGAAAAAACACCGCGUUGGUUUAUUGGCCUACAGAGGGUUGAAGAACCUCAAACGUGGUGCUGGUUGAGUAAAAAAGUUGCCUGCAUCGCUGGAACAGCAAAUGGAACAGCAAAGGGAACAUGGCGUUGGAAUGAACACGAACCCAAUCAUCCUAAAACAGAAAAAUGUGUAGAGAUGCUGAACAAUGGAAAAUAUAACAACAUACAAUGUCAAGCAGAAAACUAUGAUGACAAUCCAGGAUAUAUAUGCGAAAAGCAUUUCAAUUGUUCCAUAGUUUCAAAAAACGAGAGUAUUUUCGUGGAGGAGAAGACAGGACCUGUAUCAACCAACCAAUCGAUCGCAAUCAAGGCAACUGCCAGUUCUCCAAGAACACAAUUAACAGAUGGUCAUAAGAUGCUCUCAGAAGGACUGACUGAUGAAUCGCAAGCAUCGACAACUUCACGAGUGAGAAAACUAACAACAACUGCGUCAACAACCCAGACAAAAUUCUAUUCAGUUGUUAAAAAAGUCGGUGACCUCAAUUGCAAGAAUGACAACGACUACUUCACCCUUUAUCUGACAAUCGCUGUUUUGGCAGGAUUCUUGUUUGUAAUCUUGGUAAUCCUUUUUGGAGUUUUCAGACAACAGAAGAAACAACAAAAAAAAGCAGAUGCAAGAAAAGGAACUGUUAUACAGAAUCAACAUGACUACGGAGAAAACUUGCAGUUGAAUGCUUUAAAAGUCGGUGCCCAGCUUAGCUUAGCGGCGGGAAGUAAGAGAAACCAAAGUGAGCCGUCUGUCCAACAGGAGGGUGUGUAUACCGCGCUGUGUUCAGAGACAAUGAUGGUAAUUACACAAACAAAGAGAUUAGAAUUAGCCAAUAUGAAUACAUCUCAGCUUCUAAUUGAGAUGCCUCGCACUGCAGUAAAUACCAAGAUGGCGGACGAGAAACUCUAUUCUUGGAGCGAAUAA